AUGCCGCGCAAGGCUGCCAUUGGCAACAGAGCAUCCGCCGGGCCGUCUGCCAUCUCUGUCACCAUUGCAGAGGUUGCGCCCGAGCCAGAGGCCAAGGGGCCCAAGCAGCUGGUGCCGGGGAUGGAGUUGACCGCGGCGCUGACGGCGGCGCAGCGCAAGAACCUGCGGCGCAGGGCCAAGGCCAAGGCACCAGACAACGCCAGCGAGGACGGCACGGCCAGCGCCAGCGGCGCGGCGAGCACGGCCGCAGGCACGGGCGCGUCGCUCGCGGGCGACGCCCGCGGCCCGGCCGGCGCAGGCGCGUCGGUGUCGGGGUCGGGGUCGGUGUCUGGCCCGCCCGAGGGCCUGUUGAGCUCCAAGGCGUUCGUGUCUGAUCUGGAUCGCUACAAUGCGCUCCUGGGGCUCUAUGUCGGCUCUGAUGACGAGGAUGCAUAUGGCAGUGGCGACGAGGAUGAGGAUGGGGAGGGUUACGAGGAGGAGGAGGAGGUAGAGGAGGAGGGGCAGGAGGAAGGCGAGGGGCAGGAGGGGCGUGGUCAGGCGGGCAACUCGUGGCAGGUUGCUAGAUCCGAGGAUGGGAGUGUGGGGGGGCCCGGCGGCGCUGCACCUGAGUCGCACGCCGCUGCUGCCGGCGCAGCGUCUGCAGGCGCAGCGUCGGCGGCAACUGAGGGCUGGGCCGCGCAUGGAGCCAGCGAGUCGGUGCCUGGCGAACGCCUCCCUACAGCUGCUGCUGUUGCGGCGGCGCCACCGGCGUCGAUGCUGCCGUCCGGCGUCUCUCGCGCCGAGGCAGCUGAGCGCCUCGUGUCGCGCAUGUUUGAGCGGCCGAGCUUCGCCGAGGCGGCGGUCGGCUACUUGCAGCCGGCGCAGCAGGCGCGGCUGGCGGCGGCGGCGGAGUUUGCAUACCCGGACUUGGUGGCAGCAAUUGACAGGGGCGACACGCAGCGCUUUGAGCGCGAGGUUUCGCUGGCCCUCGAUUUGGUGGCAGCUUCUCAGCAGGCGAGUGCGGCAGCGUUGGCACCUGCGUCGCAUUACGUCACCCCGCACUACGUCGCGGUGGCAGCGCCGCCGCCCGCUGCCGCGGCGCCGCGCACGCCUGUGGCGGCGGCGGCGCCGCCCGCCGGGUUUGCGUCAGAGGGUGAGGACGACGAUCCAAUGCUGGAUGAUCUGAUGAUGCUGUGCGGCGUGGGGGCGUGA